AUGAGCGACGAAUUCAACUGCGCGGUACCUGAAUACGAGGAUAACUACCGCUAUGGCGGUCCUCAGGGUGAAGAAGAUGAUUCGGAGGCAAAAAGAAAGGCUGAAGAGCGUGAGAAAAAGAAGGCCGAGGUGCGAAAGCGUCUUGAAGAAGCCGGCUCGAAAAAGAAGUCCAAGAAAGGUUUCCUCACUCCAGAGAGAAAGAAGAAACUUCGUAAAUUGCUUAUGAUGAAAGCAGCCGAAGAUCUGAAACAACAGCAGUUGUUGAAGGAACAAGAAAGGCAAAAGGUUCUUGCUCAGCGCAUCAUCCCACUCCCGAACGUUGACACUGUUGAAGAUCAUGGUAAAUUGGAAGCGAUUUACAACGAACUGUUCCAACAUAUGGUCAAACUCGAAGAGGAAAAAUACGAUAUCAAUCAAGCAGUAAUGGCCAAAGAUGCAGAGAUUAACGAGCUUACCAUCGCUGUGAACGACUUGCGCGGCAAAUUCGUGAAACCAACGUUGAAGAAAGUUUCAAAAUAUGACAAUAAAUUCAAGAAAAUGGCUGGUCAAAAGAAGGAAGAUAAACAAGAUUUCCGAGCAAACCUCAAGGUUGUGAAGAAAGAAAAUGUCAUUGAUGAUAUCGUCAAUAAGCAAAUGGCCAAGAAAACCGAUAAGCCUGAUUGGUCGAAGAAAGGUGGCGAGAAACAAGCUGGUGACGCUGAAGAGAAGAAGGCAGAAGAAGCUGCACCAGCUGAAGAGGCACCUCACGCUGAUGAACCAGCUGAGGAAGAUGGAGCAGAUGAGGAAGAAGUGGAAGAAGGCGAAGAAGAAGAGGAAGAAGAAGAAGAGGAAUAA